CCAAGUUCUGUAACAGAACUCACAGGCAGAUCCUGAGCGCAGGUAGAUCCUCGUCGGAUAAACGCAAAUUAAUGACUUUUGUAGCUCGGAUGCAGGUAGAGCAGAGGAGAAGUUGAAGAUUCGACACGGCGUGUUUCACUCACUGAGUUCUAAGCAACAAGGCUUGUCGCAAUCGAGACAGACAGCAUGGCAAAGGACUGUAGAGCGGCCGGGUGGAAUCAGAAGAAACUCCUCGUCGUUUUGUUGGUCCUCUGUUCCUUCAGCACAAGCUGCCUAUUCUUGCUUGCCUACAAAGUGAUCUUUGAGCCAAAGCCUUGGACUUGGCAAACCUCAUAUGAUAUUCAAGGAAAUAGAAAUGCGAUGCCUUUUGAAAGUUUCAGAAUCUAUAAACACUCAGAAGUAUUUUGGUCCCCACCAGAUGAAAACGGGCCCGAGGUUGUUGAUGGUGACCAAAUGCCUUCAGACACUGUGGAUGAUACAUUCAACAGGAUACAUGGUAUUGUGGAUCGGGGACAAAGCAUGAAGAAAAACUUGCAAACGUUAAUUAAAGAGACGUCUCUAAAUUUGAAUUCGGUUAGGGAACACGUAGCCAGAGCGCCACAGUUUAAGGAUUCACUUAAAAAUGAUAAUAUGAUAUAUAAGCGUCCGGUAAUCCAUCAUUUGCCGUUGAUGUCGCGAGACAAUCUGAAGUGGUUUUCCAUCGGUACACCCAGGGCCACGUUAUGGUCGUGGACAGACAAUUUGAACGCUAAGGAAAAGGAGUGGGCGGUGAAGCAGCUUCACGAACUGGGAUACGACUCCACUAAUCAUCAUACUUUCAAAUCGCCCUUCAUUGUUACACCGCGGCUGUACAGGAAUGCGGCUCUAGAAAUGAGAUUAAGAAAUAAAGUUGACAAUAAAUUGGCAGCUCGACCCACGAAAAAAAAAGUAAUUGCAUGCUAUAAUUGUCCGGCAUUUAUAAAGAAUCCCCAAGGAUUUGUCGCUUACAACAGAGACUUCUCCGUUUGUCCGUACAGAGAUUGUGAGUUUCACAGUUCGCGGGACAGACUCAAUGAAUCUGAUGCCGUCAUUAUGUUCAUGGAGAAACGUAUCGGACGUCCACCUUCUCGACCCUCUGGUCAGAUCUGGAUCAGUUUUCAAAUCGAGGCCCCACAACGAUACAGGUAUCCAGCUUCAUACAGACUGUGGAAGGACCAGUUUAACUGGACAAUGAACUAUCGCGUGGACGCGGACAUUUUCACACCCUACACGAAUUUCGCAUGGACCCACACAGCGCAGCCCACAAGUGACGACCAAUAUUAUCAAAUAGCUCUGAGCAAGAAGAAAUCUGUGGCUUGGUUGGUCAGCAACUGUGGCACUCCCAGCAGAAGGGAAAACUACGUAAAGGAGAUGCAG